AUGUAUGUGAAAUGGUUUGAUACAGGAAUGUUUUACUAUGUGAUUUUAGUGUAUUUAGUGAAUGUCACUUUUUCACAUUUUUAAAUUUCCCGCUGUUCCUUCCCCUGUACGCCCCGACGUCGCAGGGAACGGAACCCAGAUGACAGAUGCUGACAUCGGCCGAGGAUAUUGCCGGGGACACUGCAGGGGGGACAUCGCGGGAGCUCAGGACAAGGUAAGUCAGAAGAGAUCCCGGAGCAACCCUGCAGUGUAUUCCCGAGUGUAGCUCGGGGUUACCGCUUGUAGCUACACUCAGGAAUACCGCCAGGGAGGCUAAG